AUGGAAUUAAAACGACUAAAUUCCGACGUUAUUUCGAAAAUUCGAAGUUCAUUUAACGUUUCCAAUGUGGCACAAUGUGUUUUCGAACUGAUUUGCAAUAGUCUAGAUGCGAAAGCUUCGUCGGUAGCGGUAAGAGUAAACCUUAUUUCUUUUAAAAUACAGAUAGCGGACAACGGUGAAGGCAUAACUAAGGGAAAUAUGGAAUUAAUAGGGCUUCGAUAUAUGACAAAUAAAUGCCGGACGUUAAAGGAGUUCCAGAAACAGCUCAAUACUUAUGGAUAUCGCGGAGAAUCAUUAGCGAGUAUCAUAGAAAAUAGUAUUAAAGUCAGUAUAUCAUCAAGAAGUACCGGUUCUUCAGAAACGUUCAUCAAAACAAUGGGUAAAGAUGUUAACAUUGAGGUAAAAACAACAAAAUUUCGACCUAGCAUCGGAACUACUGUUACGGUAUUCGGAUUUAUGAGCAACAUUCCUGUUAGACAAAAACGAGUUAUAGAUGAAAUUGAGCUUGAAGGAGUGAAAAAAUGUUUAGAAAACUUAAUAAUUAUCAAUCCAAUGACAUCGUUUUCAUUGCGGAACGACGCUACUGGUUUGUUACUUCUAAAAAGUCCAAAAAAUGCCGAUAUUAUCGGUUCUUUCAGGUCAUUACACCAGGAUAUUAACGAUUCUUUCGAAUUACUGAAGGUAUCCAAACAUAAAGUGACUAUAGAAGGUUUGUUUCAUAAAGACUUCUCACUUUCAAAGAAAUACCAGUACAUUUACGUGAAUAAAAGACCAGUAAAUAGUCCUAAACUUCAAAAUCACAUUUUAAAACUUUUUCAAAAGAAGUACUUUGCUCAGAACCAUCCUAUUUAUGAGACUAAAAAGUAUCCAAUGUAUGUAUUUCAUAUUCGAUGUCCCUCAAGCAUUGUAGAUAUUCUGAGUAAUUCUAUUAAGUCUGAGGUAGAGUUCCAGUCUUGGGAUGUUAUAAUGGCGUGUACAGAUAAAAUUUUAAACACAUUUUUGGGUUUGAAUGAACAGAAAAUUGAGAAAAUGUCUCUGUACAGUCCUGAAGAAGUUAGCUGUGGUGUUUCUAAGGUUUUUGGAGCUGUACAAGGAAGAGCAUUUAAAAGAAAAAGCGAUGAAGCUUUUGAAAAAGAGAAUAACGUGGAAAAAGGUAAAAACAGCAAGACAGAAAAAGUUUUAAGUCCAGGUACUGAUCCAACUCAAGCUUAUGAAAUAUACGAUUCGGGGAAAGAUUUAGUGAAACCUAGUGAACAUAAGAAAAUAGUUUCAAUACUUAGGAAACCUCUGGAGAUAAAGGUAAACAGAGAAUCAAAAAUUAAAAAACAAAAAUCUUAUAUUGAAACGGAUUUAAACCAACCUUAUCAUACUUCAGAAGGAUUAGACAAAGAAUUUCUGUAUUCUAAGCCUAAUAGUAAUGAAAUACAAGGUAAGAACUUUCUUUUGGACAAAUUUCUUAGGUCUGCCCAAAUUUCUAACGACCUAGAUCAAGUUCUGAAAUUGGUUAUCCUGAUGUCAGUUCUGAAACGAUCUUGGAAUCGAAUUUUGUUAUUGAAAAAGACGUUAAAGAUCAUUUAA